GUAAUAAGCCAACUGGCUACGACAUAAUACGUAUACGCCUCGUGGUGCAGACGCUCUUCUAGUUUGUAGCCGAAGAGCGGGGAAAUAAAAACGACACGAAAAGUGUGUGUGACAAAACGCUCAAUAAAUAAACAAACCGAAAUGCAAACAAACAAAUUAUGAGAAACGAAAACAAAAAGCCCAAAGUGUUCGUGGCGAGACGGUCCGAAAUUGUUGUUUACCUCCGCGACAUGACAGGAACGAAAAUAAUAAUAAUGAUAAAAAUGCGCUCCACUAAUUGCAUUUCCUUCCCCUCUGAUCCCUUCCCUUCCUUUUUCCCAUUGCAGCUGGUCGAUGUGAUCCGAAAAACAGAUGAAUUAUGGAACAUGUAAAUAGCACUAGUGCCAGACAACCGCAGCAUCAUCAUUUUGAUCAGCAGCUGCAGCACAAUGACAACCAGCAGCAGUUCUGCCUUCGAUGGCACAACCACCAGACCAGUUUGCUGAGCACCCUGCCCAUUCUGCUGGACCAGUCCCACCUGACGGACGUGACCAUCUCGGCGGAGGGCCGCCAGCUAAGGGCCCAUCGCGUGGUUCUGAGUGCCUGCAGCAGCUUCUUCAUGGACAUCUUCAGGGCACUGGAGGCCAGCAACCACCCGGUGAUCAUCAUUCCCGGAGCCAGCUUCGGGGCCAUCGUCUCGCUGCUCACCUUCAUGUACUCCGGCGAGGUGAACGUCUACGAGGAGCAGAUCCCCAUGCUGCUCAAUCUCGCCGAGACGCUGGGCAUCAAGGGACUGGCCGAUGUGCAGAACAAUAACCUACCAAAGACAUCAAGAAGUGGCGCCACAUCCUACAUGGAUUCAGGCAACGAGAAGACCUCCGAGUUCGAACGGCCCAGCACACCCUCGCCCACGCCCACGCCCACCUUGACGCCCUCGCACACGCCCACUCCCAGCCUGUCCCUGCCCCUGCCCCUCCCCCUUCCCCAGCUGCCCAAUCCCUCGCUUAGCACGCCCCUGCUGGCCAACAAGCUGGGAUCGGUGGGUGCGGCUGGAAUGGGCACCACGCCCCUGGAGAAUCUCUUCAAGUCGCUGCAGUUUUACCCCAGCCUGUUGCCUCAACCUCUGAACUUUUCUCAAACGGCUCUUAACAAAACCACGGAGCUGUUGGCCAAGUACCAGCAGCAGUGCCAGCUCUACCAGACCGGAAUGCAGGAGGAGCAGCUGGAGGCGGACUGCUUCGGCUCCAAGCGACUGAAGGGCGAUAGUCCGCCCAAGGAUGUUCGGAGACUGGAGAAGAACCUGGCCAAGAAUCCAAAGAAUCCUCCCUCGGCAGCAAACAGCAGCAGCAGUGGCAGCAGCAAGUCGCCGCAGGAUUGCUCCUUGCCGAAUCCCAUUGUGGCCACCUCACCGAUCACCCUUGCUCCACCUUCCAUGGCUCACUUUUCGCCCCAGUUGCCGGUGGUCAAGUGCUCCUCGGCCAGUUAUCCCAGCACUUUGGGUCAAAAUCAACUCUACAGCAGCAAGCCGCCGAUGUAUAGUGCAGCGGCCACGCCCACAUCCGCCCAACAGGCGGCCCAGAUGCACCACCACCACCAGCAACAGCAUCCGGGAUCGGGUGUUCCGGCCACGCCCUACAUCUCCGCCGAGGAUCACGCCAAGCUGCAGCUCCACAUCGAGCAGUACCAGCGGGAGGCGGCGGCUGCUGCGGCGGCGGCUGCGGCCGGCGGAAUGGCGCUGGUCAGCGCCAAGUCGGAGCCCAAUCUGCUCUCGCUGAGCGCCGACCGCGACAAGUCGCUGGCCGCCGCCUCGCCCAUCAAGCCGCCGUCCAACUCGAAGCUCUACGCCACCUGCUUCAUCUGCCACAAGCAGCUGAGCAACCAGUACAACCUGCGCGUCCACCUCGAAACCCACCAAAAUGUGCGGUACGCCUGCAAUGUCUGCUCCCACGUGUCCCGGAGCAAGGAUGCCCUGCGCAAGCACGUGAGCUACCGCCAUCCUGGAGCGCCGUCACCCUGUGAGAAUGAGGCCCGCCGGAAGAGGGUUUCCAAGAUGACAGCGACUGUGCCGUCGGUGACCACACCCAUAUUCACUUCCAAUCCCAACCAGAGUCCCAAUCCGAAUCCCCUACCGAUGGCCAGUCACACGGUGACCAGUGGGGAAGUGGGUCCUUCUCCGGCCACCGCAAUUGGAUGUUCGGGCCAGGAGGGUCGCAAUCCCUACCUCUUCCUGCCCAAUCAAUUUCAAAUGGCGGCCGCAGCAGCCGCAGUGGCAGUGGCCGAAUCCUCGCCAGCUUCUGGCCAACCCUCUCUCGACUUGGCCCACGAGGCGCCUCCGGGCAUAAAAAGUGAAAGGGAACCGCCGGCAGCCAGCAAUGGAGAGUCAGCGAGUGUGGAAACACCGGCUGCAACCACCUGAGGAUAAUGUUUACAAAUAUUUUUGAUUUGUUUAACUCACCACCACACAGACACGCACACAGACACAAGGAACACGCCCACCUACGCACACGCAUAUUAUAAGGUGUUGGGUGGCUAUUCAUUAUAUUUUUUUAAAAUUUUGUUUAAAGUCGUAAAUUGUUAAAUUAGUUCUUGUUGAAAUCACAUGGUUCAAAAAUUCAAUUUUGAAACUUUCACAGAAUUAAUUUAUUGUGAAUUUAAUAUUGUUAUUUAUAUUGCAAUUUAAUUUGUUAAUUUUUUUUUUAAAUUUAUUUAUUUAUGGUUUGAAGUCAGUUUUGCCCAGAGCACCCAACACUAAUAUGCCAAUUUUUAGUCCCACCGAAACCAACGUCUUAGACCCGGCUGUGAUAAUUAGCGCAAUUCGUUUUUCGUCCUCUGCACACAAACACAUGCGAGCGCCUUUCUAGCUAUCUUAUGUUAAUUUAUGUACUUAAUUUUAGCUCAAUUUACGUUUAUGAUUUCUCAAACUGUAGCAACCUCCGAGGCUCUCAAACUGCAAGUUACAAACUAUUACCUUUUCGCUAUCACGCUCUCUCACAAGCACACGUCCACACAUUCUAGUAAAUUAAGCAACGUUUUUAUAAAUAUUGUAAUUAUACACCUGAACAAGCACACACCACACACACCACACACACACAAAAACACACACUUGCACACAAAAAGACAGGGUGAAGACCUACAAAACCAAGAAAACACAAUUUUAAAUGGAA